CUCCUCAGUAGGUUGAGCUCUUCAAACAUUUCUGCCUAGAAAAGGAAUACACACUUCAAAUCUAAACACUCCAACCAUCCAUCCAGAGUCUAAGCUGUGUCAGACAUGCUUCCAGAGUUGCAGGAGGGAGGGAAAUGCUCUGUCCUGAACUCAUAGUAAAGCUAUGGGUGAUUUAAACCAAAUGAGAGAAAAUUAAAUCCACUACAAAACUCUACACUUCAAUGAAAGCAGAUGCCAGCAAAAUGAGGAAAAUGUAAUCUCUAUGCAACUUGGCACAUCUGUUGUACGUCCGCAUCCAACUGUGUCCCAGUAGAUUCAGGAAGGUAAUGUUUCCAACAUCCUGAUUGUUCUGUCAUGCCUCGAAUUUUGUGGGGUUUUCUUCCUUUUUAUAUCAUCUCCUUGCUGUGCCCAGUGCCCAAGGGACAGGAGAGUAAUUCCAACAAAGCUUCAACUCACCGUGUAUCUCCAGAUGGACCUUGCUAUGAUGCCAAACAAAGGCCAAAAUACUGCAUCCCUGAUUUUAUCAAUGUGGCUCUUGGACAAGAGGUAAUCACCUCUAGUACUUGUGGACGAUCACCACAAAAACUGUGUUAUUUUCUAGACUCUACAAAUGUGACAUCAUGCCGAUGUCAGCUUUGUGACCAGAAAAAACCUGACACUUCUUACCCACCUUCAUAUAUGACUGACACAGAUGCUCAUACAUGCUGGAGGUCAGAAAGUGGUAUAACAUUUCCACAAAAUGUGACAUUAACUCUACCGCUGGGACGUAGAUUUGAGCUUGUUUAUGUCAGCUUACGUUUCUGUUCUCCCCGUCCAGACUCUAUGGCAAUCUAUAAAUCUAUGGACCAUGGAAAGACUUGGAUCCCUUUCCAAUUUUACUCUACUCAUUGUCGUCGUGUUUAUGACCAAGCUACUACUAGUGCCAUUACAAAGCCCAUGCAGCAUGAAGCCACUUGUACAGAUUUCCAAACAGGAUUUAAACCUCUCACUAAAGGACUUGUGGCUUUCAUGCCAUUAGCUGGCCGCCCGUCUGCCCGUAGGUUUGAAUACAGCCCAGUUCUACAAGAUUGGGUAACUGCUACAGAUAUCCGCAUAGUCUUUAACCGUCUACACCAUGGUAAGAAGUUGGGUAUCCGCAGGAAGACUGCUUUUUAUGGAGUUUCUGAACUUCAGGUUGGAGGAAGGUGUAAAUGCAAUGGUCAUGCUUCCCGUUGUACUGCUACAAAGGAGGGACUUAUGUGCGACUGUCAACAUAACACUAUUGGUCCAGAAUGUGAUGCUUGCAAGCCAUUUUAUUAUGACAGGCCCUGGCAAAGGGCAACACCAAGCAAUGCACAUGAGUGUGUGGCUUGCGAGUGCAAUCAACAUUCUCAUCGCUGUCGCUUUAAUAUGGAACUCUACAAGCUGUCUGGUAGGAAGAGUGGAGGCAUAUGCUUAAACUGUAAACAUAACACUGCCGGGCGUCAUUGUCACUACUGUAAUCAGGGUUACAAACGCGACUUGAGCAAAGCUAUAUCUAGCCGAAAAGCCUGUAAGCCUUGCCAGUGUCACCCAAUAGGUGCUGUCAAUGCCAUGUGCAAUCAAACAACUGGUCAAUGUCCUUGCAAGACUGGAGUGACUGGCCUAACAUGCAAUCGCUGUGCUCAAGGAUACCAGCAAAGCCGAUCCCCCCAUAUGCCUUGUGUCCGGAUUCAAGAGGAAAUGACUACAACAGCAGCAUAUCCUGUGGAAUGGAAAACAGGAUCAGUCUCUGAAUGCCAGUCCUACUGUAAGCCAUCCCACAGCCGUGUGCACAUGAAUCUACGCAAGUAUUGCAAAAAGGAUUACGUUCUCCGGGCCCAGCUACUGUCUAUGGAGAAAUCUGGAGAAUGGUGGCAAUUUACAGCUAACGUGCUUACAGUAUAUAGACAGCGGAGGGUUCCCAUCAGGCGUGGUGAUCAACCUAUAUGGGUUCCAGAUCAGGAUUUGGCAUGUGACUGCCUCCGUGUUCAAGUAGGCAAGUCUUAUUUGAUCAUCGGUAAUGAUGAGGAAUCUCCAGAUCCUGCUCGUCUGAUACUGGAUAAGAAUAGCCUGUCACUGCCUUGGCGUGAUGUUUGGGCACACAAACUGAGACGGUUUCAGCAGCAAGACCGGCGAGGAAAAUGCAGGUCAGGAUAAAUAGAUCUUAGUGCCACGGAUAUUGUUUAGUGUCAGUUGUCUCAGAACAAGAACCCAUUUAGAUUGAAACAUUAAUGAUGGCCUGCUAGCUGCAGUUAUUGCUACCUCUAUAAUACUACAUUUGUCAACUGGAAAAUACAGCAAGAAAUGCAAGAGACCGUAAGAAGAGGCAAAGCCUGUUACAAUCUGUAAUAUAAGUAUUUGUAGAAAAAAAAUAUGCUGCUUUUUUCUCCUUUGCUGUCUGAAAUACAGAAUAUAAUUUUUGUGGGUGUGAUAA